GAGGAGAGAGCAUUGGUUGGGAUUAGGCCCGGGCUGCAGGUUAGACGGGAUUACGGCGCGCAGCGCGGCGCACUUCACUCCGCUGUGCGCUCUGCUAUGGACUUCUCCGCACGGCAUUUGUGAACCACAUUUAAGACCUGUCACUAACAUCCCUCGAUCCUGGUGAUAGACCAGAUAUCUAUGGAAACAUGGCCGACGUCCCUCAGCUCGUCAAAAUUGGUAUUUCACUGAAGAUGCUUCCCAACAACACCGCGGUGCACUUCAAGUCCGACGGCGCCAGGUUCGGACAGACCCGGACCAUCAAGCUGCUCACCGGGUCUAAGUACAAAAUCGAGGUGGUCGUUAAACCAGGAGCGGUCGAGGCCACGUCGAUGAGUGUGGGCGGGGUGACCUUCCCCCUGGAGCAGCAGUCCAAAGACCCGCAGUCAGUGGUCUACAGUGGGCAGUACGACACAGAAGGGGUGGCACACACCAAGAGUGGAGAGAGGCAGCCAGUUCAAAUCAGCAUACAGUUCACAGAGGCGGGAAUGUUUGAAACGGUGUGGCAGGUGAAGUACUACAACUACAACAAGAGGGACCACUGCCAGUGGGGAAACAGCUUCAACAGCAUCGAGUACGAGUGCAAACCCAACGACACGCGCACGCUCAUGUGGGUCAACAAGGAGAUGUUUGUGUGAUGGAGAUAUUCAGUGUUUACUCUGCAAAAACACGAGGUGUGGCGUUUCUGAGCAUCAGCAUGUCAUGAUAAAUUAAUUUUCUUUAAUCCACAGCAGAUACACACUCAAUCUUUGACUUUAUUUUAAUUUAAAUUGAUUUUUGUGUGUGUGUGUGUGUGUGUGUGUGUGUGUGUGUGUUUG